UUUUUUUCGUUAAUGUAUCAUAAAGUUCAUUAAAUGUCACGAUGGCUAACAAAUCCGCUGAAAGUUUGAAAGUUUGGUCUGGGUGUGGAAAUCCAAAGCAGAGAAAUCAAGAUGGCUAACAAAUCCGCUGGCGUUCAUCCAUGGUUUCCUUCUCUCUUUAACUUAUUUAACUCCGCGACUUACUUUUCAUGGUCUACUAUAAAUUAAUUUUAUUUUCAACCACUCAUUCGAUAUCUUUGAUUUCAGUUAUCAGCGCCAGGAUGGUAAGUUUCUCUCCUCUGUGUUUCAUUCUUUCAAUCUUUUAUUUUGGUUCCUUUUAUUCUUUUCUUCAGAUCUGUUCGUUUUUUUGUUAGGAGUCCAUUAAAUGUUUUUUUAUUCAAAUUUGUACUUCGAUCAUGACUUAAGGUUUUGUGUCUCCAUGAAUUGUUCAGCUUCUGUUUUUGCUUUUGUUUUGCAUCUUUUUCAUCCUUCUCAAAUCUUAUUCUUCAUUCCAAGGCAUACAAAUUUUCCUCUCCGUUUCAUGCUAUUUCCUGUGCCGUAAUAGAUUUCAUUCGUCUUUUCUGUGACUACUUAGGGUGUUUGGUUCUCAUACUCGCCAGAAAUAUUUUUUCUUCAAAUGUGAAUUCAGAUUGAGAAGGCAUCCCAGUUGAUAUUCACAAUUAACAGUGUUGUAUAUAAUAUUUGGACAGCUGUUCGAAUGGUGAUCCCAAUCUUUGGUUAAUUGGUUUAACACAACAUUUUGUGGAGUCUCAAGUAUAGUUCAGAAAUUGGAUAUUGGGAACAUCAAUUAAGUUGCAUAACAUCAUGUCUGUUCUAACAAAAUUCCGAUGCAUCACACUUGAUGUCACUGGCACACUGAUAGCUUACAAGGGAGAACUAGGCGACUACUAUUGCAUGGCAGCCAAAGCCGUUGGGCUUCCGUGUCCUGACUAUAAAAGAGUGCAUGAGGGCUUUAAACAUGGAUACACUGAUAUGGCUAGAAAACAUCCCUGUUUUGGGUUUGCAGAAAAGAUGCCUAACAUUCUCUGGUGGAAGACUUGUGUUCGAGAUUCAUUUGUGAAGGCAGGAUAUUAUUAUGAUGAGGAGACAUUUGAAAAGAUCUUUAAACGCAUAUAUGCAACCUUUGGUUCUGCUGCACCUUACACUAUAUUCCCGGAUUCUCAACCAUUCCUUAGGUGGCUUCGUUCUACUGGUGUCACAGUUGGGCUUGUUAGCAAUGCUGAAUAUCGGUAUCGGGAUGUAAUCCUUCCAGCCCUAGGCUUGAAUCAGGGAUCUGAGUGGGAUUUUGGAGUAUUCUCUGGCCUAGAAGGUGUAGAAAAACCAGAUCCAAAGAUAUAUAAGAUUGCAUUGGAGAGAGCUGGAAAUGUUGCUCCAGAAGAAGUUCUUCACAUAGGAGACAGCAUCAGGAAAGAUAUUAUCCCUGCAAGGAGUGUGGGGAUGAAUACAAUAUUACUUGACCGGUUCAAGACAUCUGAUGCUGAAAAUUGGAGGAAAUCUGGAGAGACUGUGCUACCCGACCUUAACGCAGUAAAAGAUUGGCUCACUUCUCACAGUGAUUCCAUUCCUAAGUAAGUAGCUGGUUGUCGACACAAGUGCUCUAAAUUAUUAUAUACUUUCUCUUCAUUUUAAUGCAUUCAUGUGGAGAAGAGGAAUCAUGUAGAUCGGUGGAAUCUCUGUUGUAUUUGACUAUUUGCGUGAUGCAAAGAAAAUGAAUUUGACAUUUAAUGAAUUUUGUUCAGAUACAUGUACAUGUUGCCAUUAUUUCGCUUGAUAGUGUUUCUUCUGGG